UUUCAAGCUACAUGCCUGUGUAUUCAAGGAGGAAAGGGAGGAUUGUGCUGUAAACAGUGGGGCUUGGUAAUCUAAUUAUACAAAUUGAAUAGAGCAAUACAAGGACUGAGAAGAGGCAAUCAGGAGAACAUAUCUGUGACCAUCUGGCAUAAUAUUGGAAUCAUAAAUGUAAAAUAAUGGAAAAUCUCCAUUCCUUGUCAAAAUCACACACAGGGGAGAAGCGACAUAACUGUAUGGAAUGUGGGAAAUGUUUCACUGGGAGAAGUUCUCUUACUAAACAUCAACGAACUCACACAGGAGAGAAGCCGUAUAAAUGUGUGGAAUGUGGAAAGAGCUUUAUUCAGAGUGGACAUCUGCGUAUCCAUCAAAGGACCCACACAGGAGAGAAGCCACAUAAAUGCAUUGAAUGUGGAAAGAGCUUCAGUGAAAGUGGGACUCUGCAUAAUCAUCAAAGGAUCCACACAGGGGAGAAGCCACAUACAUGCAUGGAAUGCGGAAAGAGUUUCAAUAAUAGUGGAAAUCUGCUUACCCAUCAAAGGAUCCACACAGGGGAGAAGCCGCAUAAAUGCAUGGAAUGUGGAAAGCGUUUCAAUCAGAGUGGAGAUCUGCAUUCUCAUCAAAGGACCCACACAGGGGAGAAGCCGCAUAAAUGCAUUGAAUGUGGAAAGAACUUCAGUCACAGUGCGAAUCUGCGUUCCCAUCAAAGGAUCCACACAGGGGAGAAGCCACAUACAUGCAUGGAAUGUGGAAAGAGCUUCAGUCAGAGUGGACAUCUGCGUAUCCAUCAAAGAACCCACACAGGGGAGAAGCCACAUAAAUGCAUGGAAUGUGGAAAGAGCUUCAGCCAGAGUGGACAUCUGCGUACCCAUCAAAGGACCCACACAGGAGAGAAGCCCCAUAAGUGCAUGGAGUGUGGAAAGAGCUUCAGUCACAGUUCGAGUCUGUGUAUCCAUCAAAGGACCCACACAAGGAAAAUGCAUUAGACAUCAAAGAGCUCACACACAGCUAAAGGUGACCUGCCUGUAUGUUUCCAAGGGUCCCAGGUAAACA